AUGUACGCUUAUAUGUUCAAAUACAUAAUCAUCGGGGACACGGGUAUGCUACUUUUAUUUAUUUCUUCACCUUCAAGGUGUGGGUAAAUCCUGUCUCCUUCUUCAGUUUACGGACAAGCGUUUUCAACCUGUUCAUGAUUUAACUAUUGGCGUUGAGUUCGGUGCCCGCAUGAUAAACCUCGAUGGAAAACAAAUUAAACUGCAAAUAUGGGAUACGGUUAGUCCAAUUUUUUAUUUUCUUAUUGUUAGGCUGGGCAAGAAACAUUCCGUUCUAUUACCCGCUCUUACUAUCGCGGUGCCGCUGGUGCCCUUCUAGUUUAUGACAUAACACGGUUCGGCCUUAUUUGCCUGUCUCACCGGCUCUGUUUUAGACGAGAUACGUUUGCGCACCUAACGUCGUGGCUUGAAGAUGCCAAACAACACUCGAGUUCUAACAUGGUUAUCAUGCUUAUAGGGAACAAGUGUGAUCUCGAGAGCCGUCGUGAUGUUCCUCGCGAAGAGGGUGAGGCAUUCGCGCGAGAGCACGGUCUCAUUUUCCUUGAAACUUCCGCAAAGACGGCCAAAAAUGUGGAGGAAGCCUUUAUUGAGACUGCAAAAUGUAUUAACGAAAAGAUACAAGAAGGCGUUUUAGAUGUAAACAACGAUGUAUGUAUUGCGUUUUUCUAAUUUCCCUACUGCUUCAGGCUAACGGUAUCAAACUCGGCCCACAAAACUACCCGACUGGAGCAACAUCUUCUGGCGCCGGCGCAUCUAAGGGGACCUCGAGUGGCUGUUGCUAA